AUGUUAGAUGACACCAUUGGAUUGGUGAAAAAAUUCCGCACAGCACGUGAUCGUUGGGAAAACAAUGAUAUACUUGAUUUGAAAGUUGAGCUGAAAAUCUGUCGCGCACAGAAUGGAAGAGAGAAUCAUAUAUCUGCCAGUGAUGAAGUAGCUGGCAUAAUGGUUGGUUCCACCUCAAACACAACUCCUGAUCGUGACAUUAUUAUAGAGCCCAAGUUUGGAAAGCUCCAACGUGUGUCUUACAUUCAUCCGAAGUUCAUGGCGCUUCAAUAUCCCCUUCUUUUUCCCAAUGGAGAGGACGGAUACCAUAAUAGAAUUCCAUUCACCAGUGCUGAUUUGAAAAACCUCAAAGAGCGCGACUACAUUUCAAUGAAAGAUUAUUACGCAUACCAGUUUCAAAUCAGGCAAAAGCACUCAUUGACACCUAGAUUAGGUGGGAGGUUAUUCCAACAAUAUGUUGUUGACGCUUUUUCGUCUAUUGAGCAAACACGCUUAUGGUGGUUUCGGAAGAAUCAGACAAUUCUGAGGAAUGAAUUGUAUAGCCAUAUAUGUGACUCAGUACGUACUGGAGACUAUAGUGCUUCUAAUGUUGGGAAAGGCGUGAUCUUGCCAGCUGGAUUUGUUGGUUCUAAACGCUAUAUGCAGCAAAAUUUUCAGGACGCACUAGCAGUGUGUCGUGAAGUAGGCCAUCCGGAUAUUUUCCUAACAAUGACCACUAAUGCAUUAUGGGAUGAAAUUCAAAAAAUGAUGGUUUUUCUUCCUGGUUGCAGUCCAGAGAAUUGCCCUGACAUUAUCUCUCGAGUCUUCCGUUUGAAACUGGAGCAACUAACAAAUGACAUUAAAAAAAAAUCUCAUUUUGGUGUUUGUGUUGGAGACAAGUUUGUCUCUGCUGAAAUACCCGAUCCUAAAAAAGACCCUGUGGGAUAUGCUGCCGUGAAGGGCUUUUAUGAUACACGGACCAUGUGGACUCCAGAAUAUGAAAUCUCCCUGCAUGAAAGGUACCGUCCGCGCACAAUGUUUGAUGAAAGCGGAUUUCCAAUGUACAAACGGCGUAGACAGGACAUAACAGUCCAUGUUAGGAAUGCUGAUUUGGAUAAUCAGUGGGUAGUUCCUUAUAAUCGGGACUUAUUGGUCAAAUACCAAUGUCACAUGAACAUUGAGAUAUGUUGUCACGCUCGCAGUCUCAAGUAUUUGUUCAAAUACUAUUUAAAGGGUCAUGAUACUGCCACUAUACAUGUUACUGGGAGGAAGAAGAGAACAACCAACUCUAACGGUGAUGAGCCUAUCGAUGAAAUUGAUGCCUACUUUGAUGGUAGGUACAUAUGUGGAGCAGAAUCGGCUUAUAGGAUAUUUGGUUUUCCUAUACACCACCGUACAAUAUCUGUUGAAAGGUUACCAUUCCAUCUACCAGGACAAAAGAACUGCACGUUUCACUCAAAUCAGCCUUUGGAUAAGGUAGCUGAAAGGGAAAAGGACAGACUUAGUAAACUUGAAGCGUUCUUCCUUUUAUGUAAUACUGAUGCCACAGCUCAGCAAUAUACCUAUCAGGAGAUCCCAAAGCAUUAUGUAUGGAAUGAUGUUGAAAGAAAAUGGAAUCAAAGAAAAAGAGGAUAUCAGAUAGGACGACUAUCUUAUACUCAUCACAGCAGCGGCGAAGUAUGGUUUUUGAGAUUAUUGCUAACCAAGGUGCGCGGCCCAACUUCCUUUGAGAAACUCAGAACUGUCAAUGGAAUAUGCUAUGAGUCCUUUCGUGAUGCUUGCAAAGAGUAUGGUUUGCUGGAUGACGACAAGGAAUGGCAUGAAGUUCUUGAUCAAUGCUCCUCUGGUGGCUUGCCUCCUCAGAUUUGUUAG